AUGGGCGGCGGUUCGUCGCAUGUGGGUCAUGAAAGUUUGAGUCAAAAAUCCGCUACAAAUUCCCCAAAACUUGGCGCCAAAAGUCCGCGUCGCCUGAAAUUUUCCCUCAAACGAAAAACAUCAGAGCGAGAUCAAAUCCGCCCGUUUGAAGAGCUCAUUCGCUACUGGCCAAGUUCAGAUAUUGACCUACUUUUAGCAGAGUUUGAAGCCGAUUUGAAGCUUUUGGAGCUUCAAAAUCAGUGUGAUUCGACUAGAGAAGCAGCGAAAUCGAUAGCGAAAGAUCUGGAAGUGGCGGCGAAAUUUGAAGAUUUAAAUCUGAUUUUUAAAACCCGCUCCAUCAGCUGCAAUCGUCGCUUUCUGCUUCAGCGAUGCAAAAAUUUGAAAAUUCCCGAGGAAUUAUCGAUUUUCUCACUUGACGAAAUCGGGAAAUUCCAAAAACUUCAGCCAGAAGAUGUGGAGAAUUUUUUGAAAUUUCAAAUUUAUACUGAAAAAUUCGGCAAUUCUAGAAUUUCUGAGGAAUUUGGGUGCCAGAAAAGGCUGGAAGAGGAUUUACGGGAAAUGCAAAAAUUGGAUUUGAAAAAUGGAGAUUUAGUGAUUCAAGUGGUCGAAGGAAAAUAUCCCAAUUCCGACACCUUCUCGAUCCGAUGCUCAUCGCUUGUCGCCGCCGCUCGAAGUCCAAUAAUUCGAUCAUUAUUACUUCGAAAAUCGGUCCAAAAAGAAAAAGAAAAAACAAUAGUUUUCUCGGAUUUAAUAUUUCCGAAAGUUUUUGCACCUCUUUUUGUCUUGUUUCUGUAUACAGAUCGGCUGGAUUGGAGCUUGGCACCGAAAUCUGAUGAUUCUAUAUCUUCUUUAUCACAGGCCAAAGCGAUCACAACGAAUGGAAAAUCGCCGGAUUUGCAGCUGGCUCGAGCGCUGAAAAUCAUUGAAAUCGCCAGAUUUUUUGAGGUCGAGAAGCUGGUUCAAGCCUGUGAAGACGUCGUCAUCCGUAACCUCUCUCCCGACAACGUCGUCCAAAUCCUUCAAUGGGGUCGUACGAACAACUCCAAAUACAUCUCAACGCACGCCUUCAGAUUCAUCGAACGAGAAUUCUCCAGAAUCGCGACGUCUUCUUCUUCUUCACCGAAUUUUCUAGAAUUAUCGUCUCAAGAAAUGGAGGAAUUAACAAAAAGUCAAUUCUGUCAAUGCACGGAACUCGAAAUGCUCAACGCGUGUUGUCGAUGGGGCGAAUUUGCAUUGUUGAGGAAAUUAGAGGAACGAGAGCCGAAUUUAGUAGCUGAUACGUGUCAUUCGAUUAGUCGACGGGGAUUGAAGAAGUCGGAAAAAACGGGAGAAGAGUUGAAAGAAAUCCUAAAACCCCUGGCUGAGAACAUCCGCAAAGACUACGCCCUCCCACCAUUUCAUCAGGAUCUCACCGACGCCUACAACAAGGGAAUUCUGGAACAAUCGCCAAUGGGACAAGAUCUUGUAGUUUGUGCGUCGACAUCUGAGAUUAAUCCAGAUGCUCAUUGGCUGAAACCUGAGCAAUCGAGUGCUGGACCCAGAUACUAUAGGCCCUACCACACGACUCUCAUCAAGCAUCGAACGCUGAAAGACCCCUCAUGGACACCUCCAACGACGUCUUCAGAAUCAGAAGACGUCUUCGUCGCCCCCGAAAUUCAUCUGGAAUUUCAGAAUAUCUACCCAGAUAUUCUGGAAGAUUCGUUGUUCAUUGAAGCCCGAAAUCGAAUCGAAAAACGCGCGAAACUGGCGAAUUUAGCCAAUUUUGGACGUGUUUUUCAUCGAAAAAUGGCACUGGAAAUGAUCACCCGCCAAACGCUAAUUGAGAUGAACAUUGCGGAAGAAUGUAUUUCGUGUCGAUUUUCGUCUGGAAAUCUGGAAAAUUCUGGAAUUCCGACACCACCGCCCGAUGUUGUUCUACCUGGAUCUUGCGAUAUUUUUUAG